AUCACAAGGACAUAUCCCUUGGUCCCCAGCCUCCAGGUUGGCCGGCCACAAUCACAGCGCAGCAGUAGGAGAUCGUCUUUACUGCACUAAACGGCGACUUUUAAGUGGCGUUAUGGGUUGUGCGCUGUCGAGCAGCAAGACUGCCGUCCACUCAACGCCGCCGGGACCCUCCGAAUUGCUCUCGAACCCCAGGGAAUUAUAUUACGUGCAAAGACCCAAGAACCGCAAACUGGAUACACCCCUAGGGGCGAUCUAUCGCAUCUACUGGGCUAUUGUCAUGGACGACACUAUCGUCAUGCGCAAUGAGAUCGAGUACUUCUGGACGCGAAAAGAAGAUUCUUGGGUGCUGUCCAACAUUCCUAGGCCUUCCGACCAGGAUCUGGAGCGAUUUGCCGUCAUCUCUGCUAUACCCUUCGCCCUUGCUGCCGCUUUCAAUCGUCUUAUUGAUCUCGGCUUGCCUAGAGACUCAGCGAAAGGGAUAUUGACUUCUGAAGAGCUAGAAGCGCUAGCUAAACGACCCAAAGUCCACGAGAAAGUCCCACAAUGGGCAGAAGAGGCGCAACCGCUCGAAAGCCCCCUGUAUCUACCCACGGAAGGCCUCGGCGUACCUCAGACGACCGAAGACGCAGAUCCCUUUCUGUUGCGAAAGAAUGUAUGGGUCCAUAAACUACACAUCUACUUCACUUGAUCAUGUGGCGCACUGUUCCAUACUCCAAG